AUCCAUAACCAUAUAUGACUUUGGAUUGUAUGAUAAAAAAGAAAAAGGGCCCAAAACAAAUUUGUCCUAAACAAAGUACAUAAUUCUGUGUGUUUAAUGGCCACAAGAUAAAAGGGUCCCAAACACCCUACUCCCUCCUUCGGUUGACCCACUUAGAAGCAAUUUAAUCCUCUCUUUCAUCACCCAAAAAACACUCAAUUUUAGACAUAAAAAAGGUCUUCAAAAAGAGUCCUCUUGUUAUUUUUCUAACUACUUUUCUAGCUUUCUAAGGCAUAUUUUUAACAAGUUAAUAAACCUAAUUAAGGUAAACAUGUUAGAAGGAAAGACAGUUGUAGGAGAGACAGAUAUGCUACAAACAAUGCAACAAGAUGCCCUCAAAUUGGCAGCAAAAGCCCUUGAUUGCUAUGAUGUCACUGAGGCGACUGACAUAGCUCGCUUCAUCAAAAAGGAAUUUGAUAGUGUGUAUGGAAGUGGGUGGCAAUGCAUAGUAGGGACAGAUUUUGGUUCAUUUGUAACACAUUGUCAUGGAUGUUUCAUUUACUUUUGCAUCGGAAGCUUAGCUUUUUUGCUUUUCAAGGGUUCGGCUGCUCCUCAAGCUGAGACUACCAAGUUGUCAUCCUUUGAUUCUACCGCUAAUGCUUGAAACUUGUUCACUCUUUUAGUCUUUUCUUUCUAUAUGUAAUUUUGUCAAUAUGUCAAUGUUUGUAUAUUUUUAAUUUGUGAAUUCGUGUAGGGAAUUUCGAUUUGUUUGUAAUCAUUGUAAAUCAUUUAAUUUGUUGUAUAUUUGGUACAAUCAAUUUAGGAAAACAAAUUGUUUGUCAUUUGUAACGCAUUACUUGGUGUUUAAGAUAAAGUUAAUCAUUUUAGCCCGAAA